AUGGGCGCAUCGGGUCCCUUCUUCCUGCCCGUGAGGUCUCUGCUGCCUUAUGACGAGGGCCGAGGCAAGGCGGAGGCAGACUUGGGGUCUCAGAGGAACCAGAAGGAUGGGGCUGGCAAAGAGAAAGUCUCCGUGUGGUCCCUGGCCCUGGGCCAGCAGUACACCUCGCUGGGCUCGCAGCCCCUGCUCUGCGGCUCCAUCCCAGGCCUGGUCCCCAAGCAGCUGCGCUUCUGCCGCAAUUACAUCGAGAUCAUGCCCAGCGUGGCCGAGGGCGUGAAGCUGGGCAUCCAGGAGUGCCAGCACCAGUUCCGGGGCCGCCGCUGGAACUGCACCACCAUAGACGACAGCCUGGCCAUCUUCGGGCCCGUCCUAGACAAAGCCACCCGCGAGUCGGCCUUCGUGCACGCCAUUGCCUCUGCCGGCGUGGCCUUCGCCGUCACGCGCUCCUGUGCCGAGGGCACCUCCACCAUCUGCGGCUGCGACUCGCAUCACAAGGGGCCGCCAGGCGAGGGCUGGAAGUGGGGCGGCUGCAGCGAGGACGCCGACUUCGGGGUGCUCGUGUCCCGGGAGUUCGCGGACGCGCGCGAGAACAGGCCGGACGCGCGCUCGGCCAUGAACAAGCACAACAACGAGGCGGGCCGCACGACCAUCCUGGACCACAUGCACCUCAAGUGCAAGUGCCACGGGCUGUCAGGCAGCUGCGAGGUCAAGACCUGCUGGUGGGCCCAGCCCGACUUCCGCGCCAUCGGCGACUUCCUCAAGGACAAGUACGACAGCGCCUCCGAGAUGGUGGUGGAGAAGCACCGCGAAUCCCGCGGCUGGGUGGAGACCCUCCGCGCCAAGUACGCGCUCUUCAAGCCGCCCACCGAGAGGGACCUGGUCUACUACGAGAACUCCCCCAACUUCUGCGAGCCCAACCCCGAGACGGGCUCCUUUGGCACCAGGGACCGGACUUGCAAUGUCACCUCCCAUGGCAUCGAUGGCUGCGACCUGCUCUGCUGUGGCCGCGGCCACAACACGAGGACGGAGAAGCGGAAGGAGAAAUGUCACUGCAUCUUCCACUGGUGCUGCUACGUGAGCUGUCAGGAGUGCAUCCGCAUCUACGAUGUACACACCUGCAAGUAGGGAGCCAGGGCAGUGGGAACAGGUGAAGUGUGUGGCUGGGCAGAUUCACCGAAGUCCCAUGGGAAGCAGGACCUGGAGCCGGGCUCAGCCCUCAG